GGAAAGAAUGCGAGUGGAUCCAAACAGCGUUAUAAUCGUAAAAGAGAAACUUCAUAUUCAAAAAAUGAGAACUUUUCCAGUCAGUCCCGUCGCGCCAAUUCACAGAAAAGCAAAGCUUUUAACAAGAUGCCCCCUCAAAGGGGAGGUAGCGGCGGAAGCGGCAAACUUUUUAGCUCUUGUAAUGGUGGAAGACGAGAUGAGGUAGCAGAGGCUCGUCGGGCAGAGUUCAGCCCUGCCCAGUUCUCUGGUCCCAAGAAGAUUAAUCUCAACCACUUACUGAACUUCACUUUUGAACCCCGUGGCCAGGCAGGCCAUUUUGAUGGGAAUGGACAUGGCAACUGGGGGAAAAGGAACAAGUGGGGACAUAAGCCUUUCAACAAGGAGCUCUUCCUACAGGCCAACUGCCAGUUUGUUGUCUCUGAAGAACAGGACUACACAGUCCACUUUGCUGAUCCAGAUACCUUGGUCAACUGGGACUUUGUGGAGCAAGUGCGAAUUUGUAGCCAUGAAGUGCCCUCUUGCCCUAUAUGCCUGUACCCACCAACGGCAGCAAAGAUCACCCGCUGUGGGCAUAUCUUCUGUUGGGCGUGUAUCCUUCACUAUCUCUCCUUGAGCGAAAAGACCUGGAGUAAGUGUCCUAUUUGUUAUGGCUCUGUUCACAAGAAGGAUCUCAAGAGUGUCGUGGCUAUGGAAACACGUCAAUACGCCAUUGGUGAUACCAUUACGAUGCAACUUAUGAGAAGAGAGAAAGGUGUUCUGAUAGCAUUGCCCAAAUCUCAGUGGAUGAAUGUGGUGCAGCCCGUGUACAUCAGAGAUGACCAGCACAGUCAGUAUUCAAAGCUGCUUCUGGCAUCCAGAGAGCAGGUCUUGCAGCUGGUGAUUCUGGAGGAGAAAGCAGCAUUACUGAAACAGUAUGAGGAGGAAAAGCACACCCCAGAGGCUUGCUUUAUUGAGGCGGCUAUCCAGGAACUGAAGGAGCGAGAAACAGCACUCUCUGCUGACCAGGAUAAAAACAGUGGCGUUGCUGGAAUCAGUGCAGCUGUGGAAGAAUUGGUCCUAGAAAGCUCCAAAGCUGUGGAGCCUGCAGUUUCCCAAGAGAAGAAGUGUGAUGUGGAAUAUCUGUCUGCAUUUGAUGAGGAGCUUGUGGAGCCUUCCUCUGAUCUGGCAAGUUCCUUUCCUCCUCCUGUGGAAGCAGAAGAGGCAGUGCUGGAUGAAGAGGAGGAGGUACCUGAGGUGGACACCGUAGGGGGACCUGAUAUGAACACUACAGAAGAACCAAAUCCAGCUGAAACAAGCUGCCAAGAAUCUAAAGAUACAAUUAGCAGUGGACAUCUUAGCAACUCUCCUUUUUACUAUUUCUAUCAAGCGGAGGAUGGACAGUGUAUGUAUCUUCACCCCGUGAAUGUUCGAUGUCUUGUUCGUGAAUAUGGCAGCUUGGAGAAGAGUCCAGAGAAAAUAACUGCAGCUGUAGUGGAGAUAACUGGCUACUCAAUGACAGAGGAUAUAAGACAGCGUCAUCGUUACCUCUGUCACUUGCCUCUUACCUGUGAGUUCAGCAUUUGUGAACUGGCUCUGAAGCCACCCAUCAUCUCUAAGGAGACUUUAGAGCUGUUUUCAGAUGACCUUGAAAAGAGGAAACGUCUUCGGCAGAAGAAAGCUCGUGAUGAACGACGACGUGAACGCAGAAUUGAGAUAGAAGAAAACAAAAAACAGGGCAAAUAUCCAGAGGUCCAUAUUGCUUUAGAGAAUCUGCAGCAGUUCCCUGCUUUUACCUCUUGCCCCGAAGAAACUACCAGCAUUGAUCAUCAGAGCUUCUGUCUGUCUCCUCUUGGCAGAAGCCCUGUGUUUCAGACAGAGUCCAUUCCAACUCCACUGUCACCUGCUGCCAGCCAGGUCAGUCCGCUGCUCUGUGGGAGUUUAGAAGAAGAUUCUCCCUUCCCUUCCUUUGCCCAGAUGUUGAGAGUUGGAAGGGCAAAACCAGAAACAUGGCCCAAACCUGCUCCAAAGACAAGAGAUGAGAACACUCUGGCACUCCCUGUGCCAGUCGAUAGUGAUGGUGAAAGUGACAGCUCUGACCGCAUCCCUGUGCCCAGCUUCCAGAAUUCUUUCAGCCAAGCAAUUGAGGCAGCCCUCCUGAAACUGGACAAACCGUCCACAGCUGAUCAUUUAUCAGAGGAAAAGGGAGGCAAGAAAAGAAAGAAACAGAAGCAGAAGCUAUUGUUCAGCACCUCUGUUGUUCACACAAAGUGAUUCUUCUAUUCAAGAGAACUUUCCUCUCCUGGUUUUCUUUUCAUUUUGCUUUGUUUUGCUGCUAUAGUUUUAAGUAUUUAAAUUUGAACAGACUAAACUUGUGUUUCCAGGGCUUCUAGGGGGUUCAGGAGGAAACCAUGACAGUAUACACUGAAGUGUAAAAUCUUUUGAUUCCAACUGCUUAAUCAGUUUAUACUGAAACAAAAUUUUGAAAGAAACAACCCAGAGACAAAUGAGCCAAGGCCUCUAGUCUGUGCCAAGUCAGUUCUUUUGGCCUAGCAAGUGAUAUGAAAGCCUUUGCAGCUGUGUGGCACUGCCAGAAUACUGCAAUAUCACCCAAGUGAAGAGGCAGAGAGCCUUUAUUUACC